UUUUAUAUAAAAAUCAUGGAGGCGAGGAGAAACAUCGAACGUGGGAACCACUUGUCCCGCCAUAAAUACGAAGACUCGUUCCUCUCCGACGAAGAACUCUCCCAGAAUCUCAAAGACACCCGCUUCUUCACCAGCUCCAGCGACUUAGAGUCUUCCAAGCAGGAGCGAGAUAACUACUACGCCCUGAAGUACCCGAGCUUAGCGAGACUCGAGGAAACUUGCCGAGAAAUAGAAGCUGAGAAUAAAGCAAAAGCCGACUUACUGGAUCCUAAAACAGACAUCAGUUCUCACAAAUCAGAAACCUCAUACUACAGCAGUCAGUCAACCUACCAAGCAAAUUCCUCAGCUAUUCAGACCACUGAAGAGUCCUUUACGUCCAGGUCCUUCGAGGUGAUCAACAAUCUUUUGAACAAAAACAUAAAUGACACUGUAACGACAGCUUCUUCGUACGCCGACGCGGUGGGAUGUCCAAACAAUCCUCACGAUUCGUGGCUCCAUUUGGAUUCUUCCACUGCAAACACUUCUUUGCUGGAAAUAAAAGAGGUCUUGCACCAGCUGGGUAAUGUCCGAGUUAGAAACCUUGAUUCAACAUCCAGCAACAACGGAAGACAGUCUUAUUUAGACCGUCUGACAAAAUCCUUCGAGAAAUUACCCAGCGACUUUAAAGAACAAUUGAAGACAAUCCUCGAGGAGACUCAGCUGACCAGCCACGACGAGUCCAUCAGCGCUUUCAGAGACUUGGUGCUCCAAGUAAUUGGGAAGACUCGGGAUCUCCAGGACGAAACUAUACCUUUUACAAGCGACCAGACUAUAUUUAAAGACACUCCGGAAGUUUUUCCGUCGGUUGAGCCGAGCGAUGAAGGAAACUUAUCCAAGACUCCGAUGAACAACACAAGGAACAAAAAAGUCUACAGAAAAACUCCGAUUGACUUGAUGAAGAGCUCCGCGUAUGCUAGCACGCCUCUUCGUAUCGCUGCGUUGACCCGCGGGAUGGAAACUCCUAACUCUGAUACUAAAUCUCCAAUUUUUCUGGGCUCUGGAAGAGAUUUUAACGAGUCUUCUUUUACCUUUCACGAACGACAGUGUCUAGGAGAUGAUAUACCCAAGAGUCCCAAGCCGAUGCCUGAGUUGACCGAGGAGCAGAAGAAAUUGUUAGAGGAGUGUCGGCAAAAAGAACUGGCGCUAGCUUCAGUGUCUCCUUUUUCUGUUAAAGAUUCUAAAAAUGAAUCGAGGGAAUUUGAGGAGAAUGGUAGCCCUUUUUUGACGCCGGAUUCUUUAAAGGCUCCAGGGAGAGCUUCUAGUAAUUUGUAUGACUCGCUUGACGACUGGGAUAUUGAAAAAGAGAUGGCAGAGAGAGACAAAAGGCUAGCAGAGACUGAGAUGACGAUUAAGAAUAUUGUUGAAGACAAAAUAGCCGGGUCUUAUUCGACUGAAUUUUUGAAUGUGGUUAAUAAUUACUUUGACGUGUCUAACAGCAGUAGAUUAAAAAGUGGGGAUGGUCUUUAUGACUCAGGAGUUGAGACAGCGAUUGGAAGCAGAAGAACUGAUAAAUUGUCUAGCAGUGAUGAGUCUUUGGACUCGAGAAUGGGAAAUGUUACGUUGAGGAAACUUUCUAGCAGCUCUGUUAAAAAAUUUACUAGAUCUAAAUCUUGUAAGUCGCCAGAGAUGAAUUCGAGGUGCAAAGCGACUGGUUUGAUGAGAAAUAAAUCGCCGAGUUCUAAGCGGGUUGCUGUGACACCUAAAUCGACCCCUCGUGUGCUCCAAAGAACGACCUCGGCUCCAGUCACUCCUAGAGUCGUUUCUGCUAGGAAGAAUAUUUCCACUAAAUUUACUCCUAGUAAAAUGUCGUCGGCUCUGUCUGCUGUCGCUAGUAAAUCUGUGAGCAAGGUCACUUCAAAGGUGUUCAAAGUUCCGGCAAAUCCACCCAUGAUUAUGGUGACGCCUAACACUCCAACAUCUUCCAGUAAAAAUUUCUCGACGUUUAAGAGUCCUAGGCUUGAGUACGGAGGGAAAUAUUUUUGCACUCCGGGGAAAGCUCCUCCGAAGGAGAAGAGGGUAUUUUUCCCGACACCUGGGAAGAAAAAUAUACCGAAAAGUAAUAAGGGUGAUUUGCUUGAUAAAAUUUAUCCGGGUUCUUCUGAAGUAAGGAGUCCGGUUGCUGAUUAUAUAAGAGGGGGCAGAGAUGCUAUUACUAUUAAAACUAUUCCGAAAUUGCAGAAUGAAUAUCUUCUUUCUAAAGAAGAAGUGCUUAAUUAUAAGCCAAAAAAAAUUAACAAUGAAAAUAAUCCACCGAAUUUCGAGUUUAAUUUUCCGAGUGCUGUUUACCAGUCGAAAAAACAAGUCCAAGAGUUUGAUGCGAGUCCAGUAACACCCCAGGGUUCACGAGUUAAAAAAUUGGUCGCUAAAAAGGACAGCCGAGCUGUAAUAAAGCAUCAGAUAGACGCAGUAUUAAUUUAA